AUGCUGAGACCAAACAGAAUACUGCUCGUCGUGUCGGCCUUCCUCGUCCUCUACGUCUUCCACGUCGCCUUCACUUCCGGCAGCAGCUCGAACCCCAAGGCCGACGCGUCCACCCACCGCGCGCGUGUCAAACGACAGCAGAAGACAUUGUCCGCCUUGACCGACCAAAAGCCAAAGCACCAGCCGCACCCUCUCGCGACCUCGCACCAGGAGUUUGACUACGCCGACGUCGAGGUGGACGCCGCCGGCAACUUUGAGUUCAUCCCCUCCAAGCACAGACAGCACCCCAUCGACCUCCUCGUCGCCCGCGCAAAGGAGCACGUCAGAGCCAUCGAGAAGCGCAUCAACACGAUCACCGACGUCAAGGACGCCGCUGUCGACUAUGAGCGCGAGUUCAAGAUGAAGCCCCCUCGUGGGUUUGACAGGUGGUACAAGUUCACGCAGCGCGCGGUGCCCAGAAACGUCGGCGCUGCCUCCAUGUACCCGCUUGCGCACAAGCCAUUCGAGCAGUUCCUCUCGCUGUCGCCCAAGGAGGUGCGCAAGCGCAUUACCGCCAAUGCGGUCAAGGGUGGUCACUUCACCAUCACCUUCGUCCCCGAUGGCCAGGGUGACAAGGGGACGGCUUGCCCCGAGGACGGCGAGUGGCUGCCCGAGGACUGGCACGAGCGCGGACGUGGACGCAUGAAGAUCGGAGGUAACAUGGCCUGGAAGUGGCGCUGCAACAACACUAUCACGCUUCUUGCGCCCCUGCUGCCCAAGUUCCCGGACGAGAUGUUCAGCAUGAACCCACCGUUCAUGAUGGUAUUCAACUCACACGACGGCCCCAAUGGCAUGGUGCACCGCUCGUUCCAGGAGCGUUCCGAGGCGCUGGGAAGGACGGGCAAGGGUGAGGAUUUCAUGUGGCUCGGCGGGCGGCGCGCACUGACGCUUGCAGUGUGGCAGGACGGCCAGCUGAACAACGCCGAGAGCGCGAUGCGCAACACGAACGGGUGGCAGUGGGUGUGCCCUGACAACACACCUCUGAAGGAUUCGGCGAUCGACCUUGUGCUCAACGAUGAGCUGCAGCCCAAGAAGCGAUCGCAGGGUGCUUCGAAGAAGUUUGUCGCCGACUUUUACAAGAGCACAGACAUCUGUCACAACCCACAGUUCCGCGAGCUUCACGCCUUUGCCCUCAAGGACGAGCGGAUCUACAACAGCCCUCUGUCGCCGGUCGUCUCGGUCUGCAGGACACUGCGCAACUCGGACUUGGCAGGCAUCCCCCUGGAUGCUGUCUAUCAGAACCCUCCCUUCCUCGAGUGGGAGAAGAAGACGGACCCGCGGUUAUUCUGGCGCGGCUCGGCGACCGGUAUCUCGCAGAACAAGGACACACCGUGGCGCAAGUCGCAGCGCCAGCGGUUGCACUACUUUGCCAACAACAAGACGGAGGCGAGCGCGCCGAUCCUCGUCGGCCGCAGCUCGGGGCCUGUUGUGGAGGAAUACCCUGUCAAGCAGAUGGUGGACGAGUGGUUUGACAUUGGGCUGGCGGGCCAGCCGCACCAGUGCAGCGUCGAGGACGGCUCGUGUGACGAGGUGGCGAGAGAGUUUGAGUGGCGCGAGCCUGUUCGUGGCGACAAGGCGUUGUUGUACAAGUAUGUGAUCGACGUUGACGGCAACGGUUGGAGCUCGCGUUUCCGCCGCCUGUUGUCUGGCAACAAUGUCGUGUUCAAGAGCACUGCCUUCCCCGAGUGGUUCAACGACUUCCUCGUGCCGUGGUACCACUACGUGCCGAUCCAGCCCGACUACAGCGACGUGUUUGAUAUCAUGGCCUACUUCCGCGGCGCGCCGGACGGUUCGACGUCGGGGCGCGAUGACGUGGCCAAGGAGAUCUCAAAGAACGCCAUGGACUUUGUGCACAACCACUGGAGGGUAUCCGACAUGCACGCCUACUUCUUCCUCGUGGUGCUCGAGUACUGGCGCAUGUUCUCCGAGGACCGCGAGUGGGCGUCGUACAGUGCAUAGGGUGUGGCGUGUAUGUGUGGGAUUAUAGGCAUAGAGUGUAUGAAGUC